AGGGUAGAUGAGAUUACUAGCUUAAAACACAAGGGAUGAUGUCCGCGUAAGUCAUCGUCCGAUGGAUGUCGCUUUACAGUUUACACGAUCGUCUCUCGCCCGACAAACAAGGGUAGAUAGUCUUCAAUCCCCUCCUCAUCCGUCACCUUUUCUUUUGUCCAUCUCACAGCAAGGUAGCGUCCCUGGCCCAAUCUGUAUUUUUUAGGCAACUCCAUUUCUUCACGCCGAGUCUAUCUUCUCCUCUCUCUGUCUGUGCAGUGUGUACUAGUCUUCUUUUGUUGGCUGGAGUUUGGAGCUUGGGACUCUGAAGCUGAAAAGUGAAAACGGAGGUGGGGAAGCUAUUAACUUAUUGCUUUUAAGAUCAGGCAUCACUAGGUGUAGUUUGAAUUAUCAUCCCUGAUGUGGGUUUUCGAGAAUUCUUGUGUUCUUGAAGCCUAGAAGCCCAGAAGGCACUGCGUUCAGAUCAUCUUCAGACUGAAAUGCAGAAUAGUUGAUUGGUUCUCUCUGGAUUCAGCAUUCUUUCCUCAUCAUCAAUGAGUAGAUUGAAUUGAUCCUAUGAUCUGUGUUUGAAGAAGUAACUGUGCUGCAGAAGCCACUUCAACGUUGCAUGUUAGGUCUACAAGGUUCCACUGAACAGGUUCAUCUACUUAAUGACUUCAAUGCAUGUUAAUGCAACAAGUCCUCACAAUGAUGAAAAUGGAACUAUUAAUCUUAUUGUUGAGGCUGUUGAUGCAGAAAAACAAUUAUGGACAUCGAUCCAUUCAAAGGGUCUGUUGCACCCUGAUGUUCGGGUAUUAUACCAUAGAGUGCGCUCUAUCUAUGAGAAAAUCAUCUUGACUGACCAUGAACUGGCAGAGCUUCAAGAUAUUGAAUAUUCUCUGUGGCGGGUUCACUAUAAGCAUAUUGAUGAAUAUCGUAAUAGAAUACUGCAAAGUUCUGUCAAUGCAGAAACUAUCAACUCGGUGGCACCACAAAAUGUUGCUAUUGAAAAACAUAGCAGCGAUAAACUCAUGGAAGGGUUUAGGUUAUUCCUGUCAGAAGCUACUGAAUUUUACCAAGAUUUGAUCACAAAAAUCAAAAGAAGCUAUGGACUUCCAAAGGAACUUUUUUACUCCAAUGAAGGUUGUUCUUCCAGUUCUGUGGAGUCGACACAAAUUUGCAGAUGCAGAUUUUCAUGCCACCGUUGUUUGAUCUAUCUCGGGGACCUUGCUCGAUACAGGGAACUUUGUGGAAAUCAAGAUGAUCAAAAACGUGAUUGGUCAAUUGCAGCCACCCACUACUUAAAUGCAUCUAUGAUUUGGCCAGAUAGUGGAAACCCACAUAAUCAGUUUGCUGUACUGGCAAUAUAUGUUAGUGAUGAGUUCCUAGCACUGUAUCAUUGUGUAAGAAGUCUGGCUGUUAAGGAGCCUUUCCCUGAUGCCUGGAAUAACCUGAUUUUACUGUUUGAGAAGAAUAGGUCCUGUAAUUUUAAUUCUCUGUCUAAGGAGGUCAGUUUCAACUUCAAUAAACCAUAUGAAAGAAUCUAUGCUGAAACUAAAGCACAUUCUAGAGCCUGUCUUUCUACAAGCAACAUGCAGGAAGCAAUUGAAGAUGUUGGUUGUGUGGAAACUAGAUUAUGGUCUCUCAUAGUUAGGAUGAUAAGCAUGUUUUACUUAAAAUCAAGUUUGGACGAUUUCUCUUUUACUUUCACUUCUACAAUAAGAGAAUUGGAAGCUAUAUUAUCAUUUGAUGAUGUGAGGUUAAAGGCUGUAUUGGAGUCCUAUCAGCAUAUGCACGCAGCUAGGACAGGCCCUUUCAGAGCACUACAACUCGUCUCUAUACUUGUCUUCACCAUCCAUACUCUAAGUGUGAGCCCAAAAUUACAACAGUUAAAACAGUUUAAGGACAUGCAGCAGCCUGUUUUGAUACAACUGGCAUUAACUUCAACAUUCAUAUGUGUGGGUCACCUCGUUGAUAGAUGUGUAAUGGCUGAUCCUGUGGACCAUUGCCCUCUUCUACCAGCUAUCUUAGUAUUUGCGGAGUUGCUCGUAGACAUACUGGAUAUAUCAGAAAAAAAUGAGGCUGAUGAAAGAUAUGAAAAUGCAGUGAGCUAUUUUUUUCGAGCUUUUGUUGAUCUUUUGAACCGGCUUGACCAUAAAGGGGGUGAAGUUGAGUCUCCAGAUCAUACUGCCCUAUGGGAAGAUCAUGAAUUACGGGGAUUUGCACCAGCUACUCAUUGUCAUGCUCCACUAGAUUUUUCAACUAAAGAGAGAAAUGGAUUUGAAGAUGGACAUGAAUGUCAAAUUCGUUUUCAGCGUAUCUUUCUUGCUGCCAUGAAGGUUGUGAACAGAUCAAACGGAUGUCAGAAGUUAAUCUUUUAUGAUAAAAUUGGUAGAAAAUUCUGUACAGCAGAGCAAAUGACAGUGCCUCAAGGGAGAGAAUUAGAAGCAGCAGAUAAAUCUACCCUUGAUGUCAAAGUACAGGAUUUACAGCAGUAUCCUCCUGAGUUUGAGAAGAAUAAUGUAGCUUCAGAAGAAGCUGAAAUGCUGGUUAAUGAAAGUAAUCAGAAUAGUGCAGAUUUGCUUGGGAGCUCUGCUGCUGUGGAAGAGGAAGAAAUUAUUCUCUUCAACCCCCUCACAAGAUAUAAUUCAGCACCACUUUAUAUUCCUGAAGCUACAACUUCUCUUGCACCACCUUCUGGUGAAUGCUUGCAUCGUGGUUAUUCAUUACAUGUUGCCCAAAGCCAGCCUUGCAUUGAUUCAUCCAGUUUGAAUUCAAACACCACUGGUUCUAGCUGCAACAAGACAUUCAGAUACAAUGAUAAUUUUACAGGGGAUUCAGUAACAUGCCCAUUUUCCGAAAAUGGCAUUUCUGCUGGGCCUCCCUCCCUCAGUUCAUGGGUCCUUAACAGAGAAAAUUUAGGCACCUCAGAAAUGAAAGAAUCCUCUGAUACUGGUAAAUAUGGCACUGGGUUCACUGAGGACAUUGUUAAUGCAUCCAUGACCAAUCUCUCCAUUAGUAGAAUUCCAGUAGGUCAGCAAGAUAAGAAAGUAACUUCUCCCAAUUCUGCUUCACAUUGUACAUAUGAUCUCCUUUCUGAGAGGGAUUCUGUCAUUGGUCCUGGGUAUGCAUCUUCAAGUACUCAUUAUUCACCACCUCCUUAUUCAACCCCAUUACCAUCUGCACCAUUGCUACCAGAUGAUGCCACAUGGUUUAUUGGUGAUUCAUAUAAAUAUUUCGAACGCAAGGAUUUAGGGGACAUUAAGCAUAUGCCAGGGUUGCAAAAUUACUCAGGAGUAAACACUUGCUCAAAUUGGGUUGGAACUCAGGGUCCAGACAGCUUUUAUCCUGGUGCCCCUGGGUUCACAAAUGGAUAUACCCCAUUAAGAGGAAAAACAGAUUAUGCUCAAUGGAAUCGUAACUUCCAGGGAAAUCUCAAUCUUGAUCGGUUGGAUGGCAAUACUUGGCCAACCCAGUUCGUUUCACCUAGUAAUCUUCAAAUGUUUCAUGGUCAUGAUGUUUACAGGCCAAAUCCUUAUGAUCGUUGGAUGAACCCUUUACUUGUUAAUCCAGUGAAGUACUUGGAGGUCCCAUCAUUGUAUCCAGAUUUUUCUCUUGUAUAUGGUACUAAUGAACAGAGACUGGAUAAGGUUUCUUGUGGUUACCAGCCAGGCGCUUUCGGGUAUGGUACUGCUGGUGCUGGGGACUUGAGAUCUGAGCAGCAGAUGCUUCUUCAAUAUCUGAAAACAAAGGAAUGGUGCUUGCAACAGGAAUCCCAAUUGGGAGGUUCCACUUAAAUGGUAGUUGACAUAACCAGCGAACUAAUGCUUUUCUUUGGCAUCUAUAUAUAAACGUAUAAUAACUGUAUAUAUGUAUAUAUUCCUUGUACAAAAGAGAGCUCCACUCUCUUUCUUCAUAUCUGGCUUCCCUACCACUUGUAACUCUGCGGUGUUUUUUUUUUUUUUUUUCCUUUUGUGUCCUCUCUCCUCUCGUUCUUUACUCCAUCUCUUUGUCAAACUCAGCUCACUCUUUUCUCUCCCUGUCUCUCUCUCUGAUUGCACGUGCUGCACGUGGCUAAUGUUUAUUCACUUCCUAAAAUGAGAGUAUGGAGUGUAAAUGUUGUAAACUUGUGAGUUCUCAUUUACUGAUUUGAUUUUGAUGUGAUUUGUAUAAAAGACUGCAUGAGAUGGUCCAUACUUGUAGUUGUAGCUAA